AUGGGCAUCAAGCAAAAGGUCGACCACCUCUUCCACUUCAAGACCGACGUCCCUCCCGACGAGCUCGCAUCCAAGGAGGAUGUCAUGGCCGAGGUCUACGGUGCCAGGCACCAGGACCGCGUCGAUCAGGCCUUUGGCGCCGAGGACUCGAAGCGUCACAACUAUGAGACGGAUGCCUCGGACGCCGUCCCCCACGACCCGCGGCCGCUGCACAGGCGCCAGGUUGUUGUUAUCGCAUUCGAGGGACGCAAGGGCCAACCGCUCGUGAGCGAUUUCCCAAUCGCGCGCCGCGCCGUCGACAUGAUCAAGAAUAUGGGUCUGGAUGCGUACCAGCUCGAUGUCACGCGCAAGGAUGCCGUCAACGCCGUUCUCUCCGAGACUGCACGCCUGCACGCCGACGUUGUCGUGCUCGCUGGUCGCGGCGAUACAGACCACCUUACGCUCGAAGAGGUUGCGCACAACCCUGGCGUCAACGGCCCCGAAGAGGUCAAGGCCCGCGCUCCCCUGCGCCGCGCAAUGGUCACGAUCGGCGCCCUCGGCGUGCCUGUUCGCUUGUCGGCGGAUGCUGGCGACGAGCUCGGCAAUGCCCUCUUCUACGAGGCGCUGACGGGGCUGAGCAACGACAUUCCCGUCUCCCUGCUGCACUCGCCGUCGCCGCAGCUCGUCGACCCAGAGCUUCAGGCACAAUCGAUUGCGAUUAUGGCGCAGGAGUCGAUCAUGGACCCGCAGGACCCCGUCAGCAGGAUGAACUCGAGUGCCAACCUGAACGCGAGCACGACGAGCAUGAGUGAGAUGUACUAG